CACAAUCGAGUUACCAUCAAAUUUUAUUUGAGUAUAUACUUUGCUACAAAACGCUUUCAGUAUCAAUUUCAGAAUGGAAUCUUGUGCCGCUCAACGAGUAACGAAGAUCGUCAAACGCACAAUUAUCUUCGUAUUGUGUCUUUUCUUCGUGUUACAUGUGACUACGUGUUUUGAUCCUGAAUCGGAAUUUUCCAAAGAGCAUACCUGUAAAAUAAUUGACAAUGGUACUCAGCGGGAUGGAUUUGCACCAUACACUGUAUUCGUAAUCGAAUGCCAAAACACUUCGCCUUCAGUAUACACGGAGGCGACAUGUUGGUUGAAAUGUCGACAACCUCGAGUAAGAAGAAAUUUACCACUAACAAGAUUUCGACCUAAACCUAUUUAUUCCUACAUGGUGUUUCAAGUGCGACGAGGUGGAAAAUUGUUCACGCAUACCGAGAGAAUAAUAAGAGCUUGCAGAUGUGUUAUAACUAAAAGACAAGAUCGCUGGAGAAUCUUUAAGACACUCGAUCAAAGAACUUUCAGUUUACCAACCGUGGGGGUUCAAUCGUAAUUCUUUUAGUCAUUAAAAACACUGGGUUACUUAUCCUAACUUGCAUGUAUUUACAAUAACUGUAUAUACAGGGUGGGCUAAAACAAGUUUACCAUUUUUUUUUUCGGCCCACCCUGUAUGUUUCAUUGUAUUUGAAUAUAUUGUACCGCCAAAUAUUAUGUUUUCAUCCUUUUGGAUUUUAACAUAAUAUGUAUGCAGGAAUGGUAAAAAUCGGUCGGAAUACCUGAUAAAUGAUAUUGCCAUGUUUUCAAAUUUAUCUGACUCUUGCCAUAAAUGGAAAUAGUAUAUUUUAAACUGCUAACUUGUUGAAGUGAUAACUUAUUUAAUAACUUAAUAUUUAUGUAAAAAAACAUACACCACGUGAAAUUUUAUUAUAUAAUAUAAAAUUAUGUUUCGCUGUGAUAUAUUAUUGUAUAUUGUUUUUUUUGCAA